CGACUGCGCCAUCGAAAGCACAGACUGAGACGAGCCAGCCACCAAACCGAAGCCCCGGCCUCGACCCAACCCAAAGCCAAGCCCUCCUUUCAGCUCUUCCACGUCUGACUUCUGCUCUCUCUCUCGAGGCUCCCUCUUCCUUCGUCUCCCUCACUUCCCUUCCCACCCAACCUUUUCCUUCUGUAAAACCCUAAAAUCCGUCUCUGCCCUUUUCCCCACUCCACUCAUUAACUCUCGCGCAAUCAUUUCUGGCCGAAUCGAUCAUCUCGAUUCCCUAUUGGUUCUCCAAGUAUUCUGCAGUGUGCUUUUUGCUGGAAUCUAUUCUUCGAGAUCUGCAGUGGGGGGGAAUUUGAUUGAUUAAUUUAUUUUUGGGCGCUGGUAGAAUUUGUGAUACCUAGGGUUUGCUUCUUCUUACAUACGGUGUUUUAAUUGAGAACUGGGCAAGGCUGGCGGGUAUUGGGGUCUAGUAAAUGGCGGAUCCUCCGCCAAAUAUCCGCCCACUGUUAAUUCGACCAGGAUUUUGCUGUUCCGAUUUUGAGGAGGCGGAGGAGUUACCGAGCGGGGAGGAAAGAGAAGAGUGAAGAAGAAGAAGAAGAUUAGGCCAAAACGAGAGAGGUAAAAGCAUGCUGAGCGUGCUGCGUGUACACCUCCCGUCGGAUAUCCCCAUUGUAGGCUGUGAGCUAACGCCGUACGUCCUAUUGCGGCGACCGGACAAGACCCUUUACCCCGAAGAUGUUCCCGAGUCGUCUCCCCUCGAUGGUCAUUUCUUGAGAUACAAGUGGUACCGGAUACAAAGUGAUAAGAAGGUAGCUGUAUGUAGUAUACAUCCAUCAGAACAAGCUACACUGCAGUGCCUCGGCUGUGUUAAGGCAAAAAUACCAGCUGCCAAAAGUUAUCAUUGCUCUCCCAAAUGCUUCUCAGAUGCCUGGCAGCAUCAUCGUGUUCUUCAUGAUCGUGCAGCAAGUGCUGUAAAUGAGAAUGGAAAUGAGGAAGAAGAGUUAUUUGGACGUUUCAAUAGCACAGGAUCUGGGGUUAUUAAUUCAACUUUACCCACUUCUGCAUCAAGUGCUAGCUUGAUAAAUGGAUCUACACCUUUGUAUCCUACCACAGUGACACAAAGGAAUGGUGGUGAAACUUGGUUUGAAGUGGGGCGAUCAAAAACGUACACACCAUCAGCUGAUGAUAUUGGGCACGUUCUUAAGUUUGAGUGUGUUGUGGUCGAUGCUGAAACUAAACAAACCGUGGGACAUCCAAGCACUCUUAUGACUUCCCGUGUUAUUCCAGCCCCCUCCCCUCCACCACGUCGCUUGGUCCCUGUAAAUGGGGCUGAUGUGAUUGCCCAUUUAGAUGCUGAUGGUCGUAUCUCAUCAACUGGAACUUUCACUGUACUCUCAUAUAAUAUUUUGGCAGAUGCCUACGCUACAAGUGAGUCGUAUGCUUAUUGCCCAUCAUGGGCCCUGUCGUGGGCCUAUCGCCGCCAGAAUUUGCUUCGAGAAAUUGUUGGAUAUCGAGCAGACAUUGUUUGUCUCCAGGAGGUGCAAAAUGAUCAUUUUGAGGAGUUCUUUGCGCCAGAGCUGGAUAAGCAUGGUUACCAAGCCUUGUACAAGAGGAAGACGAAUGAGGUCUACACAGGAAACCCUAAUACUAUAGAUGGUUGUGCAACUUUCUUUCGUAGAGAUAGAUUCUCGCAUGUCAAAAAAUAUGAGGUUGAGUUCAACAAGGCUGCUCAGUCAUUGACUGAAGCUUUGGUUCCAAGUGCCCAGAGGAAGACUGCUUUGAAUCGAUUGGUUAAGGAUAAUGUUGCACUAAUUGUGGUACUGGAGGCCAAGUUCAGCAACCAGGGGGCUGAUGCUCCUGGCAAGCGGCAGCUUCUAUGUGUUGCAAAUACCCAUGUAAAUGUCCACCAAGAUCUAAAGGAUGUUAAGCUUUGGCAGGUUCUUACUCUUCUUAAGGGGUUAGAGAAGAUAGCUGCAAGUGCUGACAUUCCUAUGCUAGUUUGUGGAGAUUUCAAUUCACUACCUGGAAGUGCUCCUCAUGCUCUUCUUGCCAGUGGAAAGGUGGAACCAACACAUCCUGAUAUAGUCGUGGACCCUCUUGGUAUUUUACGUCCUCACAGCAAGCUGACGCAUCAGCUACUACUGGUUAGUGCUUACUCAUCUUUUGUGAGGGGAGUUGGUCUUGGUGUGGAUCAGCAGAGGAGGAAGAUGGACCCUCUAAUCAACGAGCCAUUAUUUACAAAUUGCACUAGGGAUUUUAUUGGUACUCUCGAUUACAUAUAUUACACGGCCGACUCUUUGACUGUGGAGUCCUUAUUGGAACUCCUGGACGAAGAAAGUUUAAGAAAAGAUACAGCACUUCCUUCUCCAGAGUGGUCCUCUGAUCAUAUUGCACUCCUAGCUGAAUUUCGUUGCAAGCCUAGACAAAGACGUUGAUGUACCAAGGAUAGUAUUGAAGAUUCAAAAGACUGGCCUGGAGAAAUUGAAUGGUAGUAAGUCGUCAAUUGUAAGAGUGGUAGAUCAUGGUGGUGCAUGUGUUUUUGUCCUCACUAGUGGCGGUGGUGGUCCUUGCGGCUUACGAUCUGCCUUCUGUAUCAUGCCACCUUAGUCUCAUAGAAAAGAUAUGGUAUGUCCAAUCCCAUCAUAUUUUCCUUUUUUUUGUUUAAUGAUAGAAAUCACAACCAGCAGCCUAGUGUACGUCAUUAUCUUGUACCUUAAAGAAGUUCACUGCAUAGCAAGUGGGUUAGCAGCGGAGCAAGGGAAAUGCCUCUUAAAUUUUGCGUUCAACGAUUCCCUUCUGUCAUCCGUCGUACCCCUUCAUCUUUUUCUCCCGAUGGAUCAAGGAAUAAUUUUUUCUUCUUUCAUGCAUUUGGCCCAUCUCUAUACUGUUUCUUUUGCCACGAACAGUGCAGGAACCUUUUAACUCAGCUUGAUAGACAUUCCAACUGCAAGCUUGGGUUGGUUACUUGGUUUACUAUAGGCAUAGGAAUACCCCCUUGUUGAUAAACAGUUGGUAUUUUGUCAAUGUUCUUGGCUCUGUCCUCUUAGAACUUUUGUGAACAUCUUGAACUCUCAAUCCUGCCUGGGUCGAUUGCAGGUUAGGGUGACCUGGUUUUGUCACGUGCAGUCGGUCCGUAAUUCCAUCAAUAUUCAAUCCCAUUGGAAGUCUUAGAGUAUCAUUAGUUUGCAUUGAACUAGAAAUGAGGUGAUUUUGAUGUGAGCAUCGUUUCUUCCCUCAGAAUACAAGUAGGAGAUUUCAGAAGCGUUGUCAAAGGUGCUACACUUGAGUUUAUCCUGUUUGAUUGGGCAUGUUUAACUUGUGUUUCUUUGUUUGUGUUUCUUUUAACUCUUUGGGACGAUCAGUUUCCCAUUUGGAUGAAUUCUGAACUCAACAUGUAAGCUAACUUAAUGGUAGGUAACCUCGCAGUAGUUAGUACAUUUCGCAAGUGAGUUUUUGUACACUACUUUUGCCUUUGACGGUAAAUGAGUAUGAAAAGCAAAAUGUGUUUUUGGACUCUGUAAUGUGUUUCUGAUAAAGGUUUUCUUGUUCUACCAUUUCUUGAAACGGAAUCGAAUGAAACACUUUAGUUAUGUUAAUUCUGAAUCGAUGGUGUGGUUUAUUAUGGGAAUGUCGUUUAUUUUGAU